CGAUGGCCGCGGGGCAUGGCCGUGCCGCGGGGACCCGCCGGGCAGCGAGCCGGGCAGCGGCGGAACGGGCGGCCGAGCGCUGCCCGUGAGCAUGGAGUCGCCGGCACAGCCUCUGCCGGCACCGCCGCUCGAUCCCGGGCCGCGGUGGGACGAACCGGGACCGGAGGCGGGCCCGGAGCUAGAAGCGGAGCUGGAAGCGGAGCUGGCCCUGUGGGCAGCUGAGCCGGCAGCGGGGACGCCGCCAUGGGCCCCCCCGGGGCGCGGGGGCUGCCCGGAGGACGAGCCCCGCCUGCGCCCCGUCUUCGACGCCCUCGACCGAGACGGCGACGGCUUCGUGCGGGUGGAGGAGUUCGUCCAGUUCGCCACAGCCUACGGGGCCGAGCAGGUGAAGGAGCUGACCAAAUACCUCGAUCCCAGCGGACUCGGAGUCAUCAGCUUUGAAGAUUUCCACCGUGGGAUCAGAGCUAUCAGAAAUGGAGAUCCUGACAGCCAGCUGUAUGAUAUGGGAUAUACCCCUGAGGAGGAAGCCCCGGCCUGUCCUGAUGAAUUUGAUGACUUCGUCACAUUUGAGGCAAAUGAGGUGACCGACAGUGCGUACAUGGGCUCAGAGAGCACCUACAGCGAGUGUGAAACCUUCACAGAUGAGGACACCAGCACUCUGGUGCACCACGAGAUGCACGACGAGGUGGAGACCGACAGCGCCAUCGACUCCACCGUGCACUCAGAGUUCACAGAUGCCAUCGAGGAGCAGGAGCAGGGAUCUCAUCCACACGACCUGCCCCUGGGCUCAGACCUCAGCCACUCCAUCGUUACGGUCAUUAGCGGAGAGGAGCACUUCGAGGAUUAUGGAGAAGGGAAUGAAGCAGAUUUGUUCUCGGACAGCUUGUGUAAUGGGGAAAGCAGCUUUAGCAGCUCCUCGUUCCUCUCCCCCAGCACCAAUCCGCUCGCUGCGAAACUGCACAGCAUUAUCGCAGAUGAAGCAUUUGAGUUUUACUGUAGCCAGUGCCACAAACAAAUCAACCGCCUUGAGGAUCUUUCCGCUCGCCUGAAUGAUCUUGAAAUGAAUAGUCCGAAUAAAAGACUCUCCAGCAAGAAGGUGGCAAGACAGCUGCACCAGACCAGCACACUGUCUGGAGGAGCAAUGGAGGAGUCCUACAGGGACACGUUGGAGUGCACAGAAGAGGACAUCACAGACAAGGUGGUCUUUCUGGAGAAGCGGGUGACGGAGCUGGAGAAGGACACAGCUGCCAAUGGUGAGCAGCACAGCCGCCUCAAACAGGAGAACCUGCAGCUCGUGCACAGAGCGAAUGCUCUGGAGGAACAGCUGAAGGAGCAGGAGCUGAGGGCUGACCAAACACUCCUGGAGGAGAUCAAGAAGCAGAGGGAGAUGCUGAGCAAAAUGGAGAGGGAGAAGAGCAUCGAGAUCGAGAACCUGCAGGCCAGGCUGCAGCAGCUGGAUGAUGAGAACAGCGAGCUGAGGUCUUGUGUCCCUUGUUUAAGAGCCAACAUCGAGAGGCUUGAGGAGGAGAAGCAGAAGCUGCUGGACGAGAUUGAGGACCUCACUGUGCAGCUCACAGAGGAGCAGGAGAACAAGAGGAAGAUGGGGGACAAGCUGAGCCACGAGAGGCACCAGUUUCAGAAGGAAAAGGAGUCGACACAGGAGCUCAUUGAGGACCUCAGGAAGCAGCUCGAGCACUUGCAGCUUUUCAAACUGGAAUGUGAGCAACGGCGAGGCCGGAGCAGCAGCAUGGGGCUGCAGGAGUACAACAGCAGGACACGAGAGACAGAGCUGGAGCAGGAGAUCAAGCAGCUUAAGCAGGAUAACAGGAGCCUGAAGGAGCAGAACGAUGAGCUGAACGGGCAGAUCAUCAACCUGAGCAUCCAGGGAGCCAAGAACCUCUUCUCAGCCUCCUUCUCUGAAUCCCUGGCGGCAGAGAUCAGCUCAGUCUCCAGAGAUGAGCUCAUGGAAGCAAUUCAAAAGCAAGAGGAGAUCAACUUCCGCCUGCAGGACUACAUCGACAGGAUCAUCGUGGCCAUCAUGGAGACCAACCCCUCCAUCCUGGAGGUGAAGUAAGGGCGGCUGAGAGCCGCGCGCUGCGCACUCUGCCAUGGCUGUGGAUUUGGUGCUCUGAGAGGAGGAAGAGGGACUCGCAACAGUCUUUGCUCUUGAUGAAGGCCCAAGGAAACGUGGCGUCGGAUCGGUGGGGAAUCAGGCGGCGCAGCAGCGGGGCAGAGAGCCAGCAGUGAGGCUCUGUUGUCUGACUCCGUUCUUUUGCAACCCUACCCGGCUUCGAGGGGCGAAAGGGAACCUGGAGGAGAAAUAGAGGCAACGGGGCAACCGUGGGAAGGAUUUGGGACGGCCCCGCACGGGUGUGAGGAGGGCUUCCUCUGAACUGCAGGGGUCGGGAUGGAGCUGGAACGUUUCCCCCCCCUCCCCAGCUGCCCUACCCAGCCUGGGUGUCUGCUUUGCCAAAGUGUCCGUGACACACUCACUCACCGGGGCAGAUGUGGGAAAGAGGGAAACACGUCCUGGACUUGUAGAAUUAUGGUGAUGAUUAUUAUUUUUUAAUUAACUUAAUGCAAAUGUCUUCAUCCGGCUGGCGCGGUUAAUCCUUGCCCUGCUGCUUUUGCUUGGGAACGGGUCGCGUGCACGGAGCGCGCUGGCUUCUCACUUGCUGGUGGCACGGAGAGGGGAGCAGCCAUCCUUGGGACAGGGUGUGAGUGCAUUGUCACCCACCUCCUUAUUUAUUUUGCUGUCUGUGGCUCGCUGCCCUCUGCUCCCAUGGCUCCAGGGUGGGAUGUUGCUGCAGGGUCUGCGCAGCUCAUGGCAGAGCCGUCCCCUCCAUCCUGCUUGCAGGGAUUGGGGCGGAGGUGGUGGUGUGAGGGCUGAGCUCUGUGUGCUGCCCCAGCAUCCCAGCACGGAACGGGGCUCUGCUGGUGAUGGCUGUGAUCCCGGAGGGAGAACCCGCUCCUCACCCUGUGCUGGGGAUAGGGAUGGGGUGGCUGCUCUGAGCUCUUAGCACACCCAGCAUCGCCCAUCCCUGUGCUGCCAGGGGCAGGAGGUCUCUGAACUCAGUGCCAGCUGGCUGGGAAGCACAGACCACGCUCACGGCGGGCAGCUCGUGGUCCAUCCAGCAGCGAGGUGCAUCCGUGGGAGCAGCCACUCAUCCCACUGCCCCAGGAUCUCUCGCUGCACCAGGCCCAUGGAGCAGCUGUUUCUCCUGCUAGCCAAGCUUCGGAAACAUCAAUGCAGCCCAAAAAACAGGGGAGCAGCAGCGACCCCCGAAAUGCUUCCGAGCGCAUCGCUGUGUCGUGGGUCAGCCAGGGGCUGUCCCUGCAGCUGAGCCCGGAGCCGCCGCCGUGUCCCCACAGCACGGCCAUCUGACACAGCCCUGCACCCAGCCUGGGGAUGGAGCCACGUCGUGUACAUUUCCAGAGAAGCUUUGGGUGUAAAUCAGUGUAUACAUGGAGAGGGAAAUUUUUCUAUCUUGUAGAGUAGGUAUUUUUAUAGAACGAAGGUUGAUCAUUUUUUUAAUACUUUAAAAGAAGAGAGAAAUGUAUCUGUGUAUAACACAAAAGCAUAUAUAUAUAUAUAUAUGUAUAAAUAUAUAAAUAUUGGAGAUCUGCCUUUCUCGACUUGGGGUCACCGAUCCCCAGUUCCUACAAUCGUCUUUUUUUCCUGUCGCUCACAAAGAGGUACUGUAACUGUAAAUAAGCACCAGGAAAAGGUUUUAAGCAAACAAAGCACUGACUUGCACAUUCACCAUGCUUUAAAGCCCCUAUGGAAAAAACAAAAACAAAAACAAAACCACACCGACCUGUCCUUCCUGAAAACCUUCCUCUCUCCACACCGGUAUGUGAAGGAAGUCCCAAAAGGGUGAAAGCAGUAUUGUCUUAAAUGAUGUAUUGAUUCUCGUCCCAUUAAAUGCUGUUACCAUUCCUGUC